AUGGCCCCACAUGCAGAAGACGCACCCGAGGGCCUGAACAGCAAUGGCAACACCGAGCCUGUCAACGCCGGUGAAGCACCACUGGAACCCGGCGUCAAGAAGAACAUCGCACGAGGAAAAAUGCUUGACUUCCCACGCCCGCCCAAGUUUGACGACAAAUACGCCGAGCGCGAGUACUUAAAGGGCCGCCUGGCAGCAGCUUUCCGCAUCUUCGGCAAGAACGGCUUCGACGAGGGAGUAGCAGGCCAUAUCACUCUCCGCGAUCCCGUCCAAACCGAUACAUUCUGGGUGAACCCUUUUGGAGUGGCGUUCAGCCAUAUAAACAAAUCCGAUCUGAUCCAAGUCAAUGCGCAAGGAAAGGUGAUUGAUGGUGGCGAGGUGAGGCUUCUAAACACAGCAGCAUACAUGAUUCAUCAUGCUGUUCAUGAGGCGCGCCCAGAUGUUAUGUGCGCGGCGCAUAGUCAUUCCAUCUACGGCCGCACAUGGUGCAGUCUUGGACGGAAAAUCGAUACUCUGACCCAGGAUGCAUGCGCUUUCCACGAUGAUCAUGUUGUGUACGAUAGCUUCAACGGUGUCGUGCUGGCCGAGACCGAGGGCAAACAGAUUGCGGAGGCAUUGGGACAGAAGAAGGCUGCUCUUCUGCAAAGUCACGGUUUACUUACAGUCGGCCACACGAUCGAAGAGGCAGUAUUCUGGUUCGUUUCGCUAGAGAAAUGCUGCCACAGCCAACUCAUGGCCGAAGCGGCCGCCGGCUCUCGAGGCGAGAAACCCAUCGUCAUUGACGACGAGACUGCCGAAUAUACUUGCCGCAACGUCGGGUCACAUCGUGCAGGGUGGUUUAGUGCAAAGCCCAUGUUUGAUCAAAUUCAUCGGGAGACGGGGGGUGCCUAUCUCCAGUAA